AUGAAGCUCUCACUUCUUGCACUGGCCAGUGCUGCUUCCGCGGCUGUCAUCACCACGCGCGAUGUUGUUUUCGAAGCCCGCAACUUCACCGCCAGCUGCGUCCCUCACAGCGUCAUGUGCUUCUACUCCCUAAAUGCCUUCAUGCCCGGAACCAUGGACACCCUAGGCUAUAACUGCACCGCCUCCGGUGUGGGUGGCCUGGGAAUCCUCCCCGAGAUCAAAGGCGGCACCUGCCCUCCCUCAUCGCGUACUUUCGACGUCCUCCGAAACGCGACCGGUAUGACCGUCAUCGUCAGUGUUCAAGUCUCUCGUCUUAGCUACACCAGGGGCGCGCAUUUUAUCCCCAGUGAGCAGAUCCAGAUCAUCAAGGGCGUUACUCCGACUGGGGAUUACACGGCCUAUGUUGGACCCAAGGACUUUCCGCUGGAGCGGAUAUGGUAG